AAAUUGAAAAUGUAGAUGGGCGAAGAACCCAGGCGAAUACACGCACGUAUGCACGUGCGAACAGUCCUUCCUCAAGAUUUUUGUGUCCAUUCCAAACCUCAGCAAUUUGUGUGGCGAAGAAAUGAGAUAGCCUCUUCGCCCACUUCCACACACAGUCUCUCCUUCAUAAUUCACUCAGUUUUCAGUAUCAUCCUCACCAAAUCUCCAUUUUCCAAUUCACCAGCCAUGGCCACCGCGAUCAUGGCCUCCUCCAAACCCCUCAUCUCCACCACCUCCACCACCACCACCAGACCCAAACUCCAUAUCCCCCAAAUCUCCCUCCCAAUCAAACUCCCCAAAAUCAACAAAACCCAACUCCAUUCCCUCUCUUCUUCCACCCUCAAAUCCCUCUCCCUCAUUGCAGCUACCUCCUUCACCUUUGCUCCACCUUCUCUUGCCGAAGAAAUUGAGAAAGCUGCUCUCUUCGACUUCGACUUAACCCUCCCAAUCAUGAUGGUCCAGUUCUUGAUCCUCAUGGUCACCCUCGACAAACUCUACUUCUCUCCUCUUGGUAAAUUCAUGGAUGAGAGAGACGCCGCGAUCAAGGAGAAGCUAGGUAGCGUCAAGGACACUUCAGCGGAGGUUAAGCAGCUGGAAGAGCAAGCUGCGGCGGUUAUGCGGGCUGCAAGGGCGGAGAUAUCGGCAGCGCUUAACAAGAUGAAGAAGGAGACGCAGGCUGAAUUGGAAGAGAAACUUGCAGCUGAAAAGAAGAAAAUAGAGGCAGAAUUGCAAGAAGCAUUGGGAAAUUUGGAGAAGCAGAAAGAGGAAACUAUCAAAUCACUUGAUUCACAGAUUGCUGCUCUCAGUGAUGAGAUUGUGAAGAAGGUUCUUCCUGCACAAUAAAUUUAUAUUUUUGCUAUUUUCUGAAGCUUUGAAAUUAUAAUAUUUGUGUUUAUAUGCCUUAGAAUACAUUGAUGGGUAAUGUAAUGAUCCUAAAAGUUUCUUCUUUUU